UGCACCUGAAAAUAAAAUAAAAUAAAAUAAAAACCCUGACAGGGAGUGCAUUUCUUCAUCUAUUUCCUGUUAGAAAAUAGAGCAUAGGGUUUAGAAAUUUUGUCGACGAGCUUUAUGCUUUUGAUCGAAGAGAAGCAGAAGCAGAAGCAGAGGAAGGAAAGGAACCCGAUCGACUUCGCUGAGUCCCGCGUCCAGGGAACGUUCGCGCCCUAAAUUUCUCCAUUCUAUCUUCACCAAUCUUGCAUUGCAUCCUUCUUUCCUUCCUUCCUGCCUCCCGCUUUCUUCUGUUGACGCCACUUCUGAAGCGCCAUGAAAGCCAGAUUGGUUGUGUUCCCGCUUCGUGGAAGGAACUGGUGCUUCUCCAGAUCUCUCGACCCUUCCCUUAAUCAACAUUCCUCUUCAUCCGGCUCCCCUUCUACGUUUCGGGAUCUCUGGCGCAGCAUCUCUUCGUCCGGCUCCUCCGCUCCUCGCAAUGCCCAGCUCAUUGUCGAUUUCAUCGCCAACAAGAUGAACGGAGCUUGGAUUGGUAUGGAGAAAUCGCCCGAUGGCACUCUCAAGAAGAAGAUUCAUGGAGUAGGUUUGAAGCUACUGGCACGGGUUAAGCCUUCAGAGAUUUUCUUGAAGUCCAUAUCCAGGGACGUCACCGGCGUUGAAAUAGUAUACCCCGUCAGUUUAAAUGCACGGUUUGUGCGACGAAGGUUGCGCCAUAUUGCAGUUAGGGGAGCUUCAAUCCACAAGAAAUACUUCUAUGGUUCAAUAACAUUACUUCCAAUGACCUCUGCGUUGAGUGUACGUUUUACCUCUGCCCAAUAUCCCAUUCUUUUGGGUCUUAUUCCGAACUUAUUCCCAUUGGCGAGCUCUGCAGGUCUGGAAGUGAGACACUCCUUAAGCUGGUGUCCGAUAGCUCAUGGUCUGAAAAAUGUGCGGUUCAAAAUGGUGGACAAGGUCAAACUGAGAAGGGCAAUGACAGCUCCAAGGACAAAUCCCCUUGUUCGCAAGGUUCUCCGUGGUCUAGUCACUUGUGUUUUGGUUAGCUUGAGGACGAGCAAGGUGUUGCAGCCAUCAAAGGAACUUGAGGAGAUCAUCAUCAGGCAGCAGGAAGACGAUGAUGAUGUUAGCGAAGCUGCAAUUGCUAGUGUUUGCGAGAUGUACGGACUAGACGCGAAAGAUGUGUUGAAGUUUAAGGAUAACAUGUUGUAGUGUAGACUAGUACUAUUUACUUUAAGAUGCCUUCGCCUUUUCUUGUAUAUCUGCAGGUAUCAUUGAGUCCAAGUGAGUGUAGUAAUAACAUACAUAAUUAGGCGUUCUUUAGAUAGGAAGCAGAGCAACAUUCAGUUCUUGCUUUGUUUUAUUUGACUUUCACAAAAAUGCAAGCAAAGGCAGGAAGAGGAGUUUUGUUUGCGGACGAAUGCUCCCGACCACUUUAUCGACAUUCUUCUAAGACUAUACAUCGUGCACUUGUCA